AGUCGAUGAUCGCAGCCGUAAAUUAACAAAACUUUUAAAAAAACAAAAACAAAAGCCUGUGAUCGAUGACGGCUUUUCACUUCCGACACCGAAGUGCCGUGACCGACAGAUUCUCAUCCAAUCACGCACGAGGUUGUAAAACAAAGUUCGCCACACAACAGAAAACGCUGCGCCUCUCGGCCAAUUGGAGCGUCCGAUAUUACAACGGAGGCGGGCCUAAACUGUUGGUAUUGUCCUAUAAACUAUUGAGUUUGGGCCUGCAGUGACCUAACGCCCCGCCCAUGGCUUCCAUUUCUGUUCUGGAUCACACGGCGCAAAGCGAAUAAUACACAUUAGAGGGGUUUUUUUUCUUGAAUAAUUUUGAUGUAACUGAUAAUUAUUAGCGAGCGCGAGCUCCUUCCUGGUCACGGCACGAGCGAUCGUUUAGUCUGGCGAGUAGCAGUAAGGUAUAUUUGGGGAAAAGGUUUGAGGCUUUUGUGUAAAAAAAAAAAAAAAAAAAAAAAAAAGGGAGACGGGCCUCUUUAUUCCUCUUUUUAACUUUAGCGGCGUGUUUUCCGCCGUUGUGGUUUUUUUUUUUUUUUUUUUUACCCCCACCACCUUCUUGCCCCCCUCUCGCGUUCUCCCAGCGGCGUGAGUAGAAGCACGAGGCACGCGCGGAGCGGCGGGAAUCGGGCCGAUGGCGGAGUUCGGUAACGGACUGGCGGAGGAAUCUCUGCUCGACUCAGACCCCGGUCACCCAGAGCUGGAGGAUCCGGGUGUUGGUGACGAGGAACCCGGUUUAGAUGAGGGAGAGGCCGCUAUUGAAGACCCGGAGCUGGAGGCCAUUAAAGCCCGGGUGAGAGAGAUGGAGGAGGAAGCAGAGAAACUGAAGGAGCUCCAGAACGAAGUGGAGAAACAGAUGAACCUUAGUCCUCCUCCUGCUGGUCCUGUCAUCAUGUCCAUUGAAGAGAAGAUCGAAGCAGAUGGAAGAUCAAUUUAUGUUGGAAAUGUGGAUUAUGGAGCAACAGCAGAGGAGCUGGAAGCUCAUUUUCAUGGCUGUGGCUCUGUUAAUAGAGUCACUAUCCUGUGUGACAAAUUUACAGGACACCCAAAAGGGUUUGCAUAUAUUGAGUUUGCAGACAAGGAAUCUGUUAGAACAGCAAUGGCACUGGAUGAGUCCUUAUUCCGAGGAAGGCAGAUAAAGGUCGGGGCAAAGAGAACGAAUCGACCUGGUAUCAGCACCACAGACCGUGGGUUUCCUCGGGCCCGGUUUCGUUCACGUGGAGGAAGUUUCUCGUCUCGGGCUCGGUAUUACAGCGGAUACACACCACCCAGAGGAAGAGGACGGGCCUUCAGGGGCCGAGGGCGAUCAACAUCGUGGUAUUCCCCUUACUAAUAACUCCCCACUGUCAUUUCCCCUUUUUACUGUCAUCCCUCUUUUCCCUGUUUAAAAAAAAAAAGAAAGAAAAGAAAAUAACCCCUCUCAAUAAAAGAAGAAAAAAAGAAGAAAAAAAAGACAAAAAAAAUACAAAGAGGGAGAAAAUAGAAAAGAAAAGAGCAUCUCCCGGACAGACUGACUGACUGACUGGUGUGUGUGAGCGUGCGUGUUGCAGUCACCCCGGUAAGGUACCGAGAUUUUGGGGAGGUUCUUGGUUGGCAUUUGUGAAAUGUUUAGAGAAGAUGGUGUGAUCUCAGGCUGCAGAUGUGUCUCCUUUGGUCUGGCUGUGAGUUCCUCACACAACUCAAGGAGCAAACUGUUUUUCCCCCCUCCUUUUCUUCUAUUGUACCUUGAAGAUGUGUGGAAAAUUCCCCAAACAUGAUGAUGCCUGUAUGUUUAAAUAGAUAUCCGAGGUUGCCAGAUAUUUUUUUUCCGAACUGUUAACAUGCACCCAUCCUCUUUUUUUUUUUUUUUUUUUUAAAUGUUCAUUUUUCUCUUGUUUGUUUCUCUCACUCACCUGCAUUCUUUCUCUCUCUAUCACAGCUUGCAGUUCAGUUCAGGGUGUUUUUGUUUUUAAAGUGUUCAGCUGUAUGAGACAUGCCAAGUUCUUUUCCUCCUGAUUUAUUUCCCGGCCUUUCUUUGCAUUUUCAUCAGUUUCUCCUCUGUCGACUCAUGGUUUUUGGCUCUUUGAACGCUUAAUUCAAGCACUGAGGCUUUCAUUCUUUUUUUACCUUCUGAUUCCUUUAUCCAGCCAUGUUUACCUCCUGUUUCAAUCUGUCCAUUUCUUUCCUUCCAGCUUCCCCCUCUGUCUUUUCUAGACUGUGCCCACUAAUGACUCAGAAGCAUCGAAUGAAAUUAAGACCAUUUUCAGCUUUCUGAUUUCUUUCCUGAAUCUACCUUUUACUGCCACUUCUUUUACUUUCUCUUUUACACAUAUGCGCCCAAUCACUUACAUAUAUUUCAGCUAACAGUCCCCACCCGUUCACCUUUUUCUGUUCCUUUUCUGAACCGUCCUUGUCUGGUUCUUUCUCUCUUCUCGUUUUCUUUCUUCCCUCUCUCUCUGUGUACUAGACCACUUCUUGUCGUUUCAGGUUUCAGGACCAGUGGAGGCUGAGUACUCCUCCUCCCCCUGUGGCUGCAGCGCCCCCUACAGUCUCACCAUCGUCUCUUUCUCUCUCUGCUCCCUCUAUCCCUCUAUCCACACUCAUGUGGGGGGGUGGGGGUGGGGCACAGG